CUCUCUGAAGAUGUAGUGAACCAAAUGAAAGCAUCUCCUCAAGGAAAAAGGGACACCCAGAGCUCAGCCCGUUCAUCCAAUGGCACAGCUCCAUCUUCACUGGCUGAAGAAGGGAAACCCAAACCUCCUACAGGAAUCCAGCCACCAAUGGCAAAUGACUCUGGUCAGAAGUCUUCUGCAGCAGAGCAGGAUCUGUACAGGAGGUACGAGCAAGAACAGGCACUGGUCCAAGAGGAGUUGCUCCGGCUGGCCAAAAGAGAAAGGGAGGCAGCCAGUGAGGUCUUGAGCACGGCUCUGCAGCGGGAAAGGGGCAACACGAAUGAAGAGAGGCAGAGGGCAGCCCAGCUGCCCGCGGAUUUGGACGCCUGGGCCGUGGAGCUGCAAGGCAGGGAGGCAGAGCUGAAGAGGCAAGAAGCCUUCUAUAAGGAGCAGCUGGCCCGCAUUGAGAGGAAGAAUGCUGAGAUCUACAAGCUGACAUCGGAGCAGUACCAGGAGGCAGCCACCAAGGCAGAGGAGUUGAUAAAGAGGAGGAACACUGAUCCUGUCUGUGCAAGCCUGCAGUCUGAGAUUCUGAAGUGCUACCAAGAAAACAAACAUGAAGUGCUGAAAUGCUCGGAGCUGGCUAAGGAAUAUCAGCGCUGUGUUAGUGCGGCUCAGAAG